CCCUGGGACCCUGCCAGCUCCGGCUUUGGCCCACACAGCCGGCCAGCCCUUGUCUCCACCCUGCUCCCUGGGUUGGAGAAGCAGGCACUCCUGCCGUUGCCCCACAGCCGUUCUGCAGCCUCCCCGUGGUGCCUGAACAUGGGGGCCCCACGUGUCCCCGAGCGGACUGUGCUCUUCCAGCGCGAGAGGAGUGGCCUGACGUACCGUGUGCCCGCGCUGCUGUCUGUGCCCCCUGUGCCCACCCUUCUGGCCUUUGCAGAGCAGCGGCUCAGCCCUGAUGAUGCCCAUGCCCACCGCCUGGUGCAAAGGAGCGGUACGCUGGCCGGGAGCUCCGUGAGGUGGGGUGCCGUGCGCGUGCUGGCGACGGCGGCCUUGGAGGAGCACCGGUCCAUGAACCCCUGCCCUGUGCAUGAUGCCCACACGGCUACCAUCUUCCUCUUCUUCAUCGCGGUGCGGGGCCGCACACCCGAGGCCACACAGAUUGCCACUGGCAGGAAUGCUGCUCGCCUUUGCUGCGUGACCAGCCGGGACGCGGGGCGCAGCUGGGGCGCGGCCAGGGACCUCACGGAGGAGGCGGUGGGCGGCGCAGAGCAGGACUGGGCCACAUUUGCCGUUGGCCCUGGCCACGGCAUCCAGCUGCGUUCCGGCCGCCUCCUGGUGCCGGCCUACACCUACCGCGUGGACCGGAGGGAAUGCUUCGGCAGGAUCUGCAGGACCAGCCCCCAUGCCUUCACCUUCUACAGCGACGACCACGGUCGCACCUGGCAUCGUGGAGGCCUUGUGCCCAACCUUCGCUCGGGCGAGUGCCAGCUGGCUGCGCUGGAUGGUGGGCAGGCGGGUGGCCUCCUCUACUGCAACGCCCGGAGUCCCCUGGGCAGCCGCGUGCAGGCAUUCAGUACAGAUGAGGGUGCUUCCUUCCUGCCUGGGGAGCUCGUGCCGGCACUGGCUGAGACCUCCUGGGGCUGCCAAGGUAGCAUCCUGGGCUUCCCUGGCCCGCUCCACUCUCUAAGGGUUGAGAGAUGGUCGGCAGAUGCCAGGAACCACCCCCAGUCCCCACGCCUCUGUCCCAGAGUCCGGCAACCCUCAGAGGAGGGUAUUACAGACACCCAAGGGGACCAAGGGCUCAGCGGGAUGGAGGGAUGUAGGUCCAGCCCUCAGGAGCCUGGCCUGGGGCCUGGGCUCAGUGGGACCAGGGGCCCCUGGGCCCCAAGACUCCCUUGGCUCCCUGCUACCCUGUCUCAGAGCCCCACCUGGCUCCUGUAUUCCCACCCGGUGGGACGCAGGGCUCGGCUGCACAUGGGAAUCCAUUUGAGCCGGUCCCCCCUGGACCCCCACAGCUGGACGGAGCCCUGGGUGAUCUACGAGGGCCCCAGUGGCUACUCUGACCUGGCCUCCAUCGGUCCCACCCUCAAGGGAGCCCUGACCUUUGCUUGUCUGUAUGAGAGUGGGGCCAGGGUCUCCUACGAGGAGAUCUCCUUCUGCAUGUUCUCCCUCGCUGAGGUCCUGCAGAAUAUGCCGGCGGGCCCCAAACCUCGCAGCCUCGGGGGUAAGCCUCAGGAGCGCUGCCGGCCUUCCUGAUGGGCCCUCUCGCCAGACCCAUUUGUAUGUCUCUAACACUGUGCUUUGAAAUAUGACGCAAAAGCAGACAGACCUAGAGGAGAAAAUAGAGCCAUAGUUGUAGUGGAAAAUUUUAGACCGAUAGAGCAAACGGACAAAGUCAGUGAGGAUACAAAAGAUAUGGUCAGGCUGAUGGGCAGACCUUACUAAAUGGACACACAGAGAACCCAGCAGGAGAUAACCGCGUUCAAAUACACCUGUUUACACCUGUUCAAAUACACCCACGUGUAAAAACUGACAUCAUGCUGGAUCAUGAAUUCAAGUCUCUAUAAGACUUUGAAGGAUUGACAAUUACCGUGAAACUGAGCUAGAAAUAAAUGCGAAUGGAAAGGAAGUCUUCCUUGUGAAGAUUUCUGAAAAUUGAGAAACAUGAUUCUGAAUUGCUCCUGGCCCAAAGAAGCAGGUCUGGUGAAAGUGAGGAAAGAGUCUGAAAUUAAUUACGUGAACACUGCACGCACUGUGCGAGAGGGGCUGAAGCGAGGGCCGCCGCCGCCCCACCGUAGUGGGGGCAGGAAACUGAAUCCAAGGGGGAGGACAAGGAAGAGAACAAUCAUGAGCAAACCUAGAGGGUUUGAAAAAUCAUUGAAAAAUCAUACGGUAGAGGGAAUAAAGAGAGCCAAAGCCAGGUUUUUAGAAAACUGAUUAAGCUGAUAAUCUUGUUGAGACUGGUGAUAGGAAAAGAGAACUGUGAAUAAGCCGCAUCAGGAAUGGGAGAGGGUGUGCGGGGCUCCUCCAGAUGUUCAAGAAGAUAUUAGGAACCUUUUUAUGCCAAUACACUUAAAAAUUUAGACAAGAUGCACAAUUCCUGGAAAAAUACAACUUAUUAAAGAAGAAAUAGAAAAUAGGAAAAACCCUAUUAAAGACCCCAAAUCCCUCACUGAAAGUCUGCACACUAGGAGAGGAGAGUUUUGGGUGGCCCAGCUUCCCCGUGAAUUCUGCCGGGAGUCUCAGGACCAUCUGUGCUGGUUUACUGGGUAGAUUCCUGUGUGGGAAGCUGUCUCUCCAGUCUUCCAAAGUGGUGGUACUUUUUUUGGUGAGUGUCUGUUUAGAGCUUUGCCUCUUUUUCAGUUGGGCUGUUUGUCUUCUCACUGUUGAGUUUAAGAGUUGUUUGUGUAUUUUGGCAACUGAGAGUAUGGAAAAAUGCUCCAUAUCCUGUGUCAGGGGAGGGUCCUGCGGCUCGCUUAGCAGAAUGGGCAGGAUCUGGAGCGCUGCCAGCACCACCUGCUGGCGAGGGUGGGGACGUCCCGGCAGGACUGUCCCUCCCUCGGGCAGAGGGCGGGACAGGGUAGCCACCAGGAACAAUUUGGUGGUUUCUUAUCAACAACCACCUCUUAUAAUAGGAUGUGGCAGUUGUGGUCAUUGGUGCUUAUCCAGAUGAACUGGAAACUCAUGUCCACACAGAAACCUGCACAUGGGUGUGCAUAGUGACUUCAUUCGUCAUUGCCGGACCUUGCAAGAAAUCCGGAUGUCCUUUGGAAGAUGAGCGGACAAGCUGUGGUCCGUCCAGACAGAGAAGACAUGGAGAACCCUGAACUGUGUACCACUGAGUGGAAGUGUGCCCUGUGACCCCAUAUGACAAGAGACGGGUGGUUGCCAGAGUUUGUGGGGAGGAGGGAUAAACAGGUGGGGUGUAGAGGACUCCUAGGGCCGUGGGAUGACGUUAUGUGAUGCUCUCAUGGUGGGGACGUGUCACUGUGCAUUUGUCCAAACCUCAGGGUGUGUGACACCGAGAUGAAGCCCUGAGUGAGCCAUGGCUUCGGUUGAUAAUUCUGUAUCGCCGUUGAAAUCAUCAGUUACAACAUUGUACCCCAUUAACAGGGGAUGUGACCCCAGGGGAAAUUGUGUGUCCAGCUUGACCUUGGAUUCCUCACUGAAGGUGGCCAGCUCUUGGCUCCAGCUCUGUAGACCAGGAAAGGGUAGCCCAGGUCGUGGGAGGGCUCGUCCUCCUGGGCAGAGGGGCUCCAAGUGCAGGGCUCAGGUGGGCCCUGGCUGUGAGGGCGGCCACAUGCCUUAUGCUCUGGGUUCCCUGCCUCGGGCCUCAUUUGAAAAGCCCAGGCUCACCCCCCCUCCCUGUUCCUGCCACCACCGCCAGUGAGAUGCUCGGGGCUGGCAGGGAGGGACCUGCUGGGUGGGCGUGGGUGGGGGUGGGCGAGAUGCCCCAGCCUGGGUCGUUGACACAUGGGGCUGGGGCAGAGCAGGGGAUGGAAAAAGUGAGUGGAGGCGGGCUGCAGAGGCCGUGUUCCGGGAAGGUGAGCAGCAAAGUGCUGACUGUGCCUGGCUGGCUGGCUUCUCAUCGCUGCUGCCAGUGGGUGGCCCGGCCGGUGGCUUGGCGAGGCCACUGCUUCCUGCCCUCUCUGCUGUGUGUGUUUUGUCUUUUUUUUUUUUUUUUUUAAGAUAAUGAACUCAUUUGUUU